ACCUAAACGACGAAUCCCACCGCAAAACCUCCUCCCCUCGCCGCCGCCGCCGCCGCCGCCAUGGCGAGUGCGCUGCAAAACCCCACCGUGGCAGCAGCAGCCGCCGCCGACGCCCUCCGCAUGGCCGACCUCCCCGGCCGUGGGCGCGGCCUCGUGGCCGCCCGCAGCGUCCGCGAGGGCGAGAUGCUCCUCUCCGAGCCGGCGCUCCUCCUCUACCCGUCCGCCCUCGCUUCCCUCCGCGCCUACUGCGCCGCCUGCUUCCGCGCCCUCCCCGCCGACUCCGCCGCCAUCCCCUGCGCCUCCUGCCGCGCCGCGGCCUUCUGCUCCCCGGCCUGCGCCGCCGCCGCGCACCCGCGCCUCCUCUGCGCCGCGCUCUCCCACGGCGGCCUCGCCACCGCCGCCCCCGCCGAGGCGGUCCAGGAGCCGCUCCUCUUCCUCCUCUCCGCCUACUCCCUCCCGGACCCCGCCCUGCGCGCCCUCCUCUCCCUCUCGGCGCCGCCCCCGCCCCCGGGCGCGCAGGACGCCGCGGGCCUCCACGCCGCGGUGGCGGCGCUCGCGCCGCCGCACGCGCUCCCCGCUGGCUUCUCGCCGGACCUCACGGCGGCGCUCCUCGCCAAGGACCGGGGCAACAGCUUCGCCAUCAUGGAGCCGUACCGCCCCGGGAUGUCGCUCGAGCUCCUCAAGGCGCGCGCCUACGCGGUGUACCCGCGGGCGUCGCUGCUCAACCAUGACUGCCUGCCCAACGCGUGCCAUUUCGAUUACCCUGACAGGCCGGGGCCGGGGAACACCGACAUUGUGGUGCGGGCGCUGCAUGAUAUAUCAGAGGAGAGGGAGGUCUGUAUCAGCUACUUCGCCGCCAAUUGGAGGUAUGCAGACAGGCAGCGUAGGCUGCUGGAGGAUUAUGGGUUCCGGUGCGAGUGUGAUCGGUGUCAGGUGGAGAGCCGGUGGAAGGAUGAUGAUGCUGAUGAUAACAAUGGAGAUGAUGCCAUGGAGGAGGAGGAGGGUGAGGAGGAUGGUGGUGAUGAUGGGAUGGAGGAGGAGGGGGCUGAUGGUGAUGAUGAUUUCCCGCAUGCCUACUUCUUUGUGAGGUACUUGUGUGACAAUGAGGGUUGCUGGGGAAUGCUGGCUCCAUUGCCACCCUCACCUAAUGGUGAGCUGUCCCAUGUGUUUGAAUGCAAUCUCUGUGGGAAGCUGAGGAAGGAAGAGGAUGCCAUGCCUGAUGAGGGCAGUUCUGGCAUGGUCCAUUAGGAUGCGUUAAGCUUACUGAUCUGAUCGCUGCUUCGUUUAAUAGAUAUAUACAGCUUUGUACUUUUUUUUGAAAGAGUUGUACAGCUUCUUCAUCGAGAAAAGGCUAAGGCCGGGGAAUCAGAGAAGGAAGCAGAGCAGGAGCUCUUUCUGCGUGCAUGACUAGUCGCCGAUGCCUGGCCGUGGUGACAAAUGGCCGGUGCCCGGCAGCUCACCGACGAACAAGGAGCCGUGCCGUCCAGGCAAGGCAACACCAGUGACCUGGGCACGCAGGUCGGUCCACGUGGCGCGGCCGCCACAGUCCAGCUGCUGCCUCCUCGACAUGUGCUUCUGAGGACGACGACGAGGCCCCAGUCCAGCUCCUCAAUCCAUUUGCUCAGUUUGCCGUGUUACAUAGCGCUACACUUACGGAGUACUAUCGUUUGGUUCUUCUUUUCUUCCUGUGGUUGUACGGUAGAGUGAGCAGUAUAUGCUUGUGUAGCAUUUCUUUUUUUUUAUGAUGCUGAUGUUCAUUCCUGCAGACUGUUCCAUGUUAUGGAAAGUUCAAUUACUUUGUGACACAGGAAGAAUUAUCACUA